UGCAAGCUAGAAGGCUUACUCUCUCCAUACUAGCUCACUAGUUAGCUUGCAUGGAUAAGUCUGAGAUGUUGCUAGGAUCGUAUUCAUACGCAGCUCUAUGCGGUGUCACACUGAUCAUAGGAUGGUUAGCUCACUGGGCAUACAAAUGGAUGAAUCCUUCAUGCAAUGGGAGGCUUCCUCCUGGCUCCAUGGGCUUCCCUAUUGUUGGUGAGACCUUCGAUUUCUUCAGAGCAAGCCCAUCAAUAGACAUGCCAGGCUACUACAAGAAAAGAAUGAAGAGGUACGAAACUCUGUUCAAGACUAGCCUGGUAGGCCGACCCGUGGUCGUUUCCCUUGAUCCCGAGGUGAACCGGUUCAUAUUUCAACAAGAGGGCAAGUUGUUCCAGAGUUGGUAUCCAGAUACUACAAUGAACAUCUUUGGCAAGAAGAGCAUCACCACAUAUGAUAGAACCGUUCACAAGUUUAUUCGAAGCCUCACGGCCAAGCUCUUAGGCCCUGAAAACCUGAAGGAAUCACUCCUUCCAGAGCUAGAACUGUCCAUGAGGGAGAGCUUUGUGUCAUGGAUUGGAAAACCUAGCAUCGAGGUGAAGGAUGGCGUUUCUAACAUGGUCUUUGACCUACUUUCCAAGAAGUUGAUCAGCCUUGACACCACCAAUUCAAGAGAACUGAGAAACAACUUUCAGGAAUUCUUCAUGGGGAUGGUUUCCUUCCCAAUAUAUUUUCCUGGGACAUUGUUCUACCGAUGCAUGAAGGGCAGGAGAAAUGUACACAGUGCACUAACCAAUGUAAUGAAAGUGAGGCUAAGUGCACCUGAAAAAAAAUUUGGCGACCUCCUUGACCUGAUUAUUGACGAGCUGCGAAGUGAAAAGCCGAUGAUUGAUGAAAACUUUGCUAUAGAUGUACUUGUUAUACUCUUGUUUACGAGCAUUGCAACACUAUCGCCAACCUUGACGGUAGCCAUUAAGUUCCUCACCGACAAUCCUAAGAUUGUUGAAGAGCUCAAGGAGGAGCAUGAAACGAUAAUGAAGAAACGAGAGGGUGUGAACUCCGGGUUCACAUGGGAGGAGUACAAGUCCUUGAAAUUCACUAUUCAGGUUAUGAAUGAAAUUGGUCGAAUCAGUAACGUUGCACCAGGAAUUUUUAGGAAGACAUUAACAGAUGUGCAAGUGAAUGGAUAUACAAUUCCGUCUGGGUGGUUAGUCAUGAUUAGCCCCGCGGCAGUUCAUCUAAACCCAGAACUAUUCGAGGAUCCGCUCAAAUUUGAUCCGUGGAGGUGGAAGGAGGAGAAGAGAAGCUCUCUGCUGAGGAACUACAUACCAUUCGGAGGGGGCAUCCGGCAAUGUCUCGCGGCGGACUUCAGCAAGCUUUUUAUUGCACUCUUCCUCCACAUCUUGGUGACCGAGUAUAGAUGGAAGGAGAUUGGAGGAGGGAAAAUAAUGCGUGUCUCAGAGAUUUUAUCCCCUGAAGACUACCACAUUCAACUAGUUCCUCGGGCUUAAUAUGCCUAUUGGAUAUUCUAUUAAUGCAACAAAGAAUGUCUGAACCCAACACUUUGUUGCUCAUAUUGCUGUAAUUGUGUAAUCACACGACAUGGAUGAUGUCAGUUUCCAUAUACCAAAAAAUAUUAUUGGAAUAAAUAGUCAGGGACAAACUAGGGCAUGUGGAGCUGGAGCACUACUUACUUCAUCCAGCCUUAGCACUAAAUGUAUUUUUAUAUGUU